UCGAGAUUCUGCGCCGCCGCAGCAGCAAUGUACAUUCCCAAAUGACUUACGUUGGAUGCCAUUCUGCGCAUUGGUCAACACAGUAUCCAAGGCCCAUGUAUCGACCUACACCAUACAGGUAUGCAAGUCUCCCAUACUCCGUAUGAAAUCUACGUGGUGUCGAGGAAAUCAUCUCGAAUCUCCCAUAAACCCCAUCCCCCGAAAAAUCUUUUAGACACUUUGGUGAAUUGGCUACGAUCCUGUACUGUCAGUUCAGUUCAGUUCAGCUCAGCUCGGAUCUCUUCUCUUUUCAUGGUUGGGACUCUGGAUUCUGCAAACAGCGCAAGGCCUGUUGGCAUGUCACGCUACGUUUCAAUUAAGAGAUUUUCUGGUUGUUGUAAACUUGAGACUUGCGGAUUGGAUAUUGGGCAUACGAGGAUUUAUCGAGGCCUUCGACUGAAAGCUUGCUCGGAAGCAGAUCUGCGUGUAACGUAUAAGGCAGCUCGGGAGGGAUGAGGGCAACGUUGGGAUGUGAUGUGAAUGAUGAUGAAUCUGUGGGUCGUUGGUUGGCCCGUGGUUGUGGAGGAGGUGAAGAAGUACGGAAUUGGCAGGAGUGGUGGGGGAUAUGUGAGUCUUUCUAUGAUUGAUUGAUUGAUUGAUCGAUCAUGGUGCGGUGAAAUUGUUAUGAGAAGAAGAUGGGGGUGGGCAAGGGGUUUUGGGAGCAGCUGCGGCCUCUGGCGCGGACGGAGGACUUGAGCUUUUUGCGAGGAAAAAGGCUGGCUGUCGAUCUUUCGUACUGGCUGGUGCAGCAGCAAACGGCGUUGAAGGACCAUCGUGUUCGAAAACCACAUUUGCGUCUCACAUUCUUCCGAGUUGUGAAGCUCGUGGCCAAGGUCGGAGCACUGCCCGUUUUUGUGGUGGAUGGCGAGCCCCCGGCCUUAAAACAGGGAGUUAGGAUGAAGCGUUUCAAGAGAUUCUCCAGUCUCUGUCCUCCCUCUCCGCCCCACUCCCCAGCAACGACAGAGAGCGUCAGUACGAGGAACGGGAGUUUCAGUGCGAAUGUGGAAGAAUGCGUGAUUCUUCUGGAGCUGCUGGGUAUGCCUGUUCUAAGAGCCGAAGGAGAGGCGGAAAGCCUUUGCGCCAUACUCAAUAGAGAAGGCUUGGUGGAUGCCUGCGUUUCUCCAGAUAGUGACGUCUUCGUACACGGGGCCAAGUGGGUCAUAAAGACUCUCCAACUCGACAACAAGAGCAAGGAAUCCGAAGUCGAGCUGUACCGCGCCGAGGACAUCGAGGCGUCCAUGGGACUUCGUCGGAAUCAUCUUGUGGCCUUGGCUUUAUUGAUAGGCUGUGACUACAUGCCAGAAGGUGUUGCAGGUGUUGGCUGUGCCAACGCCUUCCAGCUCAUUCGGUCUUUUCCUGAGUCGGAGAUUUUAGACCGGCUGCGAGCUUGGGGAAGGGGCGAGGGUCCAUCGGAGGGUGAGAUCGAGCAAGGCGCGCAGGAUGAUGGAUCCGGGAGGGAACCAUCCGUUGCAUACGAUUCCGAGGUCCAGAUUAGAGUUACCCACUGUUCCAAGUGUGGCCACCCGGGCAAUAAAAAAGAGCAUCUCAACUCGGGCUGUGGGAUAUGUUUUCCCUCUCGAGAAGACGAGUACUCCUUCGAAAAAGGCUGCAAGCCAAAGCCUAAGGGGUUUCUGUGCUCAUGUCCAUUCUGCUCGCAGAAAGCUCGAAGCAAGUUGCAGACGAAGGCCAACGCUUGGUGGGGCAAAAUGUGUUCGAAAAUGGCAGCUACUCCAGGCUUUCCCAAUGAAGAAAUCAUUAAAAUCUUUCUGAAUUCUGAAAUUCCUACCUUUGAAGAUGUCACUGGCUAUGCCUCCUCCAUCAAGUGGCAUGCCCCAGCAAUGGAUGAGCUGGAGAUGUUCUUACAGAAACAUUUGUCAUGGGACUCAUUCUACGUUCGGCAGAAAGCUCUACCAUUGCUAUCCCAUUUCUAUUUAUCAGAUCUAGCAGAUAAAUAUUGUAAAUCUUCUGAAGAGUUACUGAAUGGUGCUUUUGCUCCACUCUGCAUACACCGGAUCAAAAUCGAACAUGGAGAACCUCUCUAUGUGCUAAAGUGGAAGAAUAUGAGAGAGGGAGUGGACGGCGAGCAGUGGCUGGGAUUGAAGCUCAAUUCUACCUCACCGAAACAUAUAGAAGAAACUGUUGCUAAAGAAUGCCGGACUGAUAACGAGUGCGUAGACUUAUUGUCGACAGAGGCAACAGAAAAAGAAUGGUGUUUCACAACAGAUGAGAGUAUGGAGUCAAUUAAGGCAGCAUGUCCGGAAUUAGUAGAGGAAUUCGACAGAUCACAGGAAGCCAAGCAAGCAGCUCGGAAGAAAGCAAGCAAGAGGAAGAAAGUCGAAGGCAUUGAAUCUGCCAAAAGGCAGUCAGACAUCACAUCCUUCUUUAAGGUGGAACACGAUUUACAUAAGAACAAACUUACAGAGUCUCCUCAGUUUGAGAGGAAGUGCGAGCUGGGGUCUCCACACACGCUUGAAAGGACGGCAGCCGGGCUCGAUUACAUAGAUACAGAAGCUCUGGUUGCGUCUUUGAACUCCAACUCCAAGUCCACGACCUUUUCAUCGACAUCUCCUCCUCUUACUCGUACUCGGAGGCGAUCAUUUCCAACCAAGGUUGUUCGGAAACUCUCAUAUGGUGAAGGAGCCGGGUAAAACUGACAAGAAGAUUGUGGGGAUGGUCCGGUAUCAUGUUACUAUCGUAAGGCAAAUUUAAUUUCCCGACUUUCAGAUAGAUUAUCUUAAACUGGGUACAGUUUAAUAGUUGGAGCCUGUUUGUGUAAAAGGAACGCACAUGUGGCCUGAACCACUGUAUAGCUGCGGUUGUUUUAGACAUUGAGCGAAUCUUUUUAGUACAGAUAGCAUUGUAUUUUCCGGCCGAAAAAUCACCAAGGACUUGGAGAUAGGACUCGCGAGAACACUCGUGCUGUCAUAACCAGAGUGUAAAUACGGUUUGUCAUGAACUUGGAGAGAGGACUUUCCCCUUAGAACAAAGUCAAGGGGAGAGUGUAAAUACGAUUCGUGACUUGGACUCCUCUGUCACUAAGUAAAUGAUCACUUGGAUUUUGUUCUGUGGCAAUGGACGAGGGAAACAUAAAGCAAAGAAAGCAGCUUCCCACGAGAGCAGCAGCUAGCACUGUAUUUUCGAGCUGAAAUAUCACAAAGGACUUGGAGAUAGGACUUUCCCCCUCGAACACUCUUUCUUUCAUGGGGACGUAAAUGUAGAUACGACUUGUGACAUAGACUCCUGUCACUGAACAAAUGGACAUUUGGAUAAUGUUCUGUCGUCAUGAUGGUGGGAAACAUAAAGUGGAGAAAGGCGACCAGC